AUGGCUGCCAACGGCGACAAGUUCGGCAACGACAUUGAGUCGGAGUCCGACUCCGGCAACGAGUCCCAGAUCGAUGCCCAGGAAUCAGACCACGAGAUUAAUGAGAAGCCGAUCAAGUCCGCUCUCAAGAAAACGCCUGCUCCCACCCCAGCUGUUCAGAAACCUCCACUCCCACCCCAGACCGACCCGAACGAUCUCGAUGUGAAGGCCCUGAGCCCUUUGACGCCCGAGAUUAUUGCGCGGCAAGCUACCAUCAACAUCGGCACGAUUGGCCAUGUCGCCCACGGGAAAUCAACGGUGGUGAAGGCCAUCUCGGGCGUGCAGACCGUCCGUUUCAAGAACGAACUCAUUCGUAACAUCACCAUCAAGCUCGGCUAUGCCAACGCCAAGAUCUACCAGUGCGACAACCCCGAGUGCCCGCGUCCAACAUGCUACCGGAGCUACAAGAGUGAGAAGGAAGUCGACCCCCCCUGUGAGCGGGAGGGUUGCGCAGGGACAUACCGUUUGCUCCGUCACGUAUCCUUCGUCGAUUGCCCUGGUCACGAUAUUCUGAUGAGCACCAUGUUGUCGGGCGCCGCCGUCAUGGACGCCGCCCUGCUACUUAUUGCUGGCAACGAAUCCUGCCCCCAACCACAGACCUCGGAACAUUUGGCCGCUAUUGAGAUUAUGAAGCUUGACAAGAUUAUCAUUCUUCAAAACAAGGUGGACCUCAUGCGCGAGGAGGCGGCCAAGCAGCACUACGACUCAAUUCUCAAGUUUAUCAGGGGUACGGUCGCCGGAAAGUCGCCUAUCAUUCCCAUCUCGGCCCAGCUCAAGUUUAACAUCGACGCCAUCAACGACGCGAUUGUCAACACUAUUCCGAUCCCCCCACGAGACUUCUCGCAAGACCCGCACAUGAUUGUUAUCCGAUCCUUCGAUGUAAACAAGCCCGGUGCGGAGAUUGACGAGCUCAAGGGUGGUGUCGCUGGUGGCAGUAUCUUGCACGGUCUGCUUAAGCUUGGCGACGAAAUCGAGAUCCGACCCGGUAUUGUGUCGCGUGACGACAAGGGCAACCUCAAGUGCACGCCCAUCUUCAGCCGUAUUGUCUCUCUCAACUCGGAGGCCAACGACCUCAAGUACGCUGUCCCCGGUGGUCUCAUCGGUGUGGGCACGCGCAUCGACCCGACCCUCUGCCGUGCCGACCGUCUGGUUGGUUUCGUGCUGGGCCUCAAGGGCCGCCUUCCCGAGAUCUACAGUGAGAUCGAGGUCAACUUCUACCUGCUCCGCCGCUUGCUUGGUGUGCGCACGGCCGACGGUAAGCAGGCCAAGGUCGACAAGCUGGCCAAAAAUGAGGUUAUCAUGGUCAACAUCGGUUCGACUUCGACUGGUGCCAAGGUUGUGGCCAUCAAGAAGGAUGCUGCCAAGCUCCAACUCACGAGCCCGGCCUGCACAAAUAUCGGCGAGAAGGUCGCUCUUAGCAGACGUAUUGAGAAGCACUGGCGUCUCAUCGGUUGGGCUACUAUCGCAGCCGGUGUCACGUUGGAGCCCAGCACCUCCUAA